UUACAGUGAAUGUUAAUGGGGGUCAUUUAGCUGUCUCCACCACUUCCCUUGACAUAGAACAAGUGCCCUGAAUGAUAUGCCACACUCUGACUAAACUUAAAUGUCCUUUUUUAAUCACAGAUUGGGUACAAUGGAAGUGAAGGUGACAGUGGACGGUAUCCCGCGCGUGGUUUGUGGUGUUACUGAGGAAACAACAUGCCAAGAUGUGGUCAUAGUGCUGGCUCAAGCCCUAGGUCAACCAGGGCGCUACACACUGCAGGAGAAAUUUAAAGACUUUGAGAGGUGCAUGGCACCCAGCGAAUGCCUUCUGGAGACUCUUGAGAGGUAUGGUGAGCAGGCCAGGGAGGUCCGACUCACACUGCUUCACAACGGACCCUCAGUCUGGGACGAAAUGAGCAGGACAAAAGUUGGCAGAUACCAGCCCUGCCCGCCACUGAGAAGAAAAGACGCAGGCACCAGAAUGCGGAGGGGCAGUGGUCCACUAAGUUUGCAUCGUCAAAGCUUGCCGCCGUUGUCCUGUUUUAGACAAGAGGCUGAGCAGCAAAAAGAGGAACUGAAAAGGCCUAAAAGAAAGUCUCUUACACUCAUGGAGGAGGCCUGGGAAUGGCUGGAGAAUCUGGGUAAAGGCAAGGUCUACAGUACUGCAUGUCAUAAGGAAAGCAGUAAGAGGACAGAUAAAAGGUAUCUCACAUCUUUGGGUGUUUGUCUCACUGUUGACGAAGGUAAAUCAGGUCGAAGUAGCAGAGGCAAAGUCAGAGAUCAGAAAGGCUUAAAAUCAGACUUGGAUCAUCAAACAUCCUGCUGCAUGGGAACUCACACAAAGGGUAAGGAAAGCAAAUGCUUAGAGAAAACUCAAGAGACAAAAUCUGAUGACCUGCACAAUUCAAACCGUGCUGCAACUGAGGAUGAGAAAAACCGUCUAAGAGAAACCAUAAUAUAUCAGCUCAGCUGUUUGCAGGAUUUACAGGCCCAGAUAGCAAACAUAGACCGACAGAUUUUGGAGCUUGAACAAAAACAGAUGGCCAAAAAAGCUGAGCAGGAAGCCCAGCAGAGAAUGGUUGAAGAGGAGAUGGAGCAGAUCAAGUUCUGGGAGAAUGAAUUAAAGGCUGAGGAAGGUUACGAGAAGGAUUUGCAAUGCCAGUUCCUUGACAUGAAGGCAAAUGCUGCAGGGUGCAAGGCCAAACUGGAGGAGUACAAGCGCAAAAUGCAAGGGCUUGAUUUCUUUGCAACUCACAAUGUUGCUCAUGAGGAUUCAGAGAUAUUUUCAAAAGUUGGUGCAAAUGCUGCCACAGAGAUUUCAGCUGUUUCAACUGAGGACCGAUAUCAGCAACAAUCUGAACAAGAUGGGGAUGUAAAUAUUAACAGGAAGUUCCUGUCCAGAGGGGACUUGAAACCUCCUCAUGCUCUAGUUCCUCCCAACCAGAUAAAGGAGCGACGGCCCACAGGGCCCACAGAGCUGCGGGAGUGGUGGACACGCUGGGCUCAAGCCCAGAGUGCUCCAACACAGACUAAAAAGAAGGAAACAAAGGAAGACUCCUAUUUUAAUUGGCAUCUGCAGGUGGGCUCGACUCCCAUUUUGGGUAUCCAACCCAAGUGACCUUGCAUUCUGGCAAACAAAGGGACAAAAGGAAGUUCUCCUGCUUUUGCUUUAAGAGGGCAGCUUUCGUCUGUGCAUUCUAGGGAUUCAGCCCUCAUUUUGAGAGAUUAACUUUUUGUACUGAAUGGAAAUUAAACUUUCAUGCUGAAAGAAAGUGCUGUCUCUGAGGAUACAAGCAGAGAUUGGGUAAUGCAUUUUACCAUUUUCAAAUUAUAUAAACACACAACAGCACACCUUAAGAGCGCUGGUGCAAGUAUUCAUUUUAGAGGUGUGGGACUGGGCCACUGACUGAGCUUCUUAUGUGGUAAUUUGUACAUCAUCAUCUCAACAGGCCUUGACUGUGUUUCUUACUGUGGAAAGCUCACCUAUGCAUAAUGCACCUGUCUUUUCUAUAACCGUUGUCUUAUCUCUGCAAAUGUCUUUUUAAGAUUACUUUUUUGUCCUUAAGUGAACACUGGAGUGUAACACAAUAAAUUGUUGUCACAGCCUCUUUAUCCUUUUUAUCUGUAAAUAAAGCGGAUUUGCUGCCUCUCUCUGAAAAUAAAGACAAUU